AGCUUAGAUUAUGACAACUGUGAGAAUCAGCUGUUCCUGGAGGAAGAGAAACGCAUCAACCACACGGCUUUCCGUACAGUGGAGAUUCGGCGCUGGGUCAUCUGUGCCAUGAUCGGGAUCCUGACCGGCCUUGUUGCCUGCUUCAUUGAUAUUGUGGUGGAAUACUUGGCUGGUCUUAAGUAUGAAUUGGUGAAGGGCAACAUUGACGGAUUCACUGAGACGGGACGCUUGUCUUUCUCGCUGCUUCUCUGGGCCACCCUAAAUGCAAGCUUUGUGAUGGUCGGUUCCGUGAUGGUAGCUUUUAUCGAGCCCGUGGCGGCCGGCAGUGGGAUCCCUCAGAUCAAGUGCUACCUCAACGGAGUCAAGAUCCCCCACGUGGUUCGCUUGAAGACGCUGGUGGUCAAAGUUUGCGGCGUGAUCCUGUCGGUGGUCGGAGGCCUGGCGGUUGGAAAGGAAGGGCCCAUGAUCCACUCGGGCGCCGUGAUCGCCGCCGGCAUCUCUCAGGGACGGUCCACGUCUCUAAAGAGGGACUUCAAGAUCUUUGAAUACUUCCGGAGGGACACUGAGAAGCGGGAUUUUGUCUCGGCCGGAGCCGCCGCUGGGGUCUCGGCGGCCUUCGGAGCCCCUGUCGGGGGCGUCCUUUUCAGCCUGGAAGAGGGGGCUUCCUUUUGGAACCAGUUCCUGACAUGGAGGAUUUUCUUUGCCUCCAUGAUCUCCACCUUCACCCUCAACUCCAUCCUGAGCAUUUACAAAGGCAACCCCUGGGACCUCUCCAGUCCGGGACUCAUCAACUUUGGCCGAUUUGAUUCGGAGAAGAUGGGCUACUCCUUCCAGGAAAUCCCGAUCUUUAUCUUCAUGGGCGUGGUGGGUGGGAUCCUCGGAGCGAUGUUCAAUGCCCUGAACUACUGGCUGACCAUGUUCCGGAUCAGGUACAUCCACCGCCCGUGCCUGCAGGUGAUCGAGGCCAUGCUGGUGGGGGCCGUGACCGCCUCGGUCGCUUUCGUGAUGAUCUACAGCUCCAGCGACUGCCAGCCUCUGCAGGGCAACAGCAUGGCGUACCCCCUCCAGCUGUUCUGCCCCGAUGGCGAAUACAACGCCAUGGCCGCCGCCUUUUUCAACACGCCCGAAAAGAGCGUCGUACGUCUCUUCCACGACCCCCCAGGCACCUAUGACCCCAUGACUUUGGGGACAUUCACCUUGAUCUAUUUCUUCCUGGCUUGCUGGACGUACGGAUUGACGGUGUCGGCGGGCGUCUUCAUCCCCUCUUUGCUCAUAGGAGCCGCCUGGGGGCGCCUGUUUGGCAUUUUGCUCGCCUCCACUACUAGCGGCUGGGUAAGCGGACCUCGGCCCGGGGAAGAGAAGCCCCAAGCUGAAUCAAUGCCCCUGACCUUCCCAGGAGGGAUCGUGCGGAUGACCCUCAGCCUGACGGUCAUCAUGAUGGAGGCCACGGGGAACAUCACCUACGGCUUCCCCAUCAUGCUGGUGCUGAUGACGGCGAAGAUCGUAGGGGAUUAUUUUGUCGAGGGGUUGUACGACAUGCACAUCCAGCUGCAGAGCGUCCCCUUCCUCCACUGGGAAGCCCCCGUCACCUCGCACUCGUUCACGGCCAGGGAAGUGAUGAGCACGCCGGUCACCUGCCUGCGGAGGAUCGAGAAGGUCGGCACCGUGGUGGACAUCCUGAGCGACGCCGCUUCUAACCACAACGGCUUCCCGGUGGUGGAGUUCCUUCCGGGUCACGAGCAGGUGGCCGGCCUGCGAGGCCUGAUCCUGCGCUCCCAGCUGAUUGUGCUCCUCAAGCACAAGGUCUUUGUGGAGCGAGCGAACCUCUCCCUGGUCCAGCAGCGCCUGAAGCUGAAGGACUUCCGGGACGCCUACCCGCGCUUCCCCCCCAUCCAGUCCAUCCACGUCUCCCAGGACGAGCGGGAGUGCAUGAUGGACCUGACGGAGUUCAUGAACCCCUCGCCUUACACCGUGCCCCAGGAGGCGUCCCUGCCGAGGGUGUUCAAGCUGUUCCGGGCCCUGGGCUUACGGCACCUCGUGGUGGUGGACAAGCAUAACCAGGUGGUGGGCAUGGUCACCAGGAAGGACCUGGCCCGGUACCGGCUGGGCAAGGAGGGCCUGGAGGAGGUGCCCCUGGCGCAGACGUGACUGACCCCUUGGCACGGGUGGCAGAGGUGCCCCGACCUCCCGUCCCGACUGCGG